UGCCACCUUUUAUACAUUUUGAUUCAGAUCCAUCCUCGUUAAAAUAAGAAAACAAAAACAUAAAAGAACCAUGUCUCUGGAUAUACUGAAGCAAGGCGCCGAGGGUCGCCUGUAUCUGGGUGAAUUCAAGGGCGAAUCCUGCUUAAUCAAGGAGCGAUUUGUGAAGAAAUAUCGUCAUCCCGAAUUGGACACUCAAAUCACACGGCAACGGAUGAAAGCCGAAGCCAAAGCGGCUGGACGUUGUCUGGCCGCUGGAAUACGAGCACCACGUAUACUCCACUCAGAUUUAAAUCAACACAAAUUGUAUAUGGAAUACUUUGGUCAGGCGAAGACAGCCAAGCAAUUUAUACAGGAAACAGUGGCCAGCAAGGGAGAUUUAUCAGAGUCUAUUCUCAUGGAACUUUGUUCCAGAAUUGGCUCAACCAUAGGCCAAAUGCAUAGCAAUAACAUUAUACAUGGCGAUCUAACCACUUCCAAUAUACUUAUCAAUCCCAAAGACACCGAUUAUGAGGUGGUUUUCAUUGAUUUCGGCCUAAGCCAUUAUAAUCAAGCCUCGGAGGAUAAAGGUGUGGAUUUAUAUGUACUGGAGCGGGCGCUGUUGAGUACCCACAGCGAACAGCCCUAUCUAUUUGAUGCCAUUCUCAAGGCAUAUAGCAAGGACAGCGGCAAGGACCAAGAGGCGGUAAUGAUUAAAUUUGAAGAAGUCAGAGCCCGGGGCAGAAAGAGGACUAUGAUUGGUUAGGGAAUUUCCACUAAAACUAAAAUAAAAUCCAAUUGAAUUGAAA